AUGUGGCGUGCUUGCACAAGUUCACUCCCAGUAAGGAAAGUGCUUCAGAGACGCCACCUUAUCGAUGAAGCAGGGUGCCCCUGCUGUGAUAGAGAGGAUGAGACACAAUCACACUUAUUCUAUCGCUGCCCGAUGUCGAUCAAAUUGUGGGAAGAGCUGGACAGUAACAUAUUAUUGCCAGGGAUGGAAGAUGAAGGCAUGUGUGAUACCCUAGUCAGAUGGAGUCAGAUGGAUACUAAUGUGGUUCAAAAGGGUUGUUAUAUCCUAUGGAACGUUUGGGUUGAAAGAAACAGGAGAGUUUUUGAGCAUACAAGUCACCCUGUCACUAUUGUGGGCCAGAGAAUUAUGAGACAAGUUGAAGAUUUUAAUAACUAUGCUGUGAGGAUUUAUGGAGGAGUGCGCUCCCCUGCGGCCCCGAGCCCAAGCCGAUGGUAUGCUCCCCCGAUUGGUGCUAUUAAAUUGAAUACAGAUGCAAGUUUGUCCGAGGAAGGAUGGGUGGGACUUGGAGUGAUAGCCCGCGAUUCGGAAGGUAAGGUGUGCUUUGCUGCAACUAGACGUGUGCGUGCCUACUGGCCUCCCGAGGUAGCUGAAUGCAAGGCCAUUUACAUGGCAACCCGCUUGGCCAAAGCUCAUGGGUAUGGUGAUGUGGUUUUUGAAUCCGACUCUCUGGUAGCAACGAAGAGGUUAACGAAAGCAGCUAUUUUCUUCUCAGAUUUGGAUGCAAUACUUGGGGACAUUCUUUCUAUGUCUCCAGAAUUGUCUCUGACCCCCGACUCUCCAACUAUUGUCAAAGGAGAUAUUGGUCUGCCAUUGAAGCAGAGAUAUAUUGAUGAUGGAUAA